AAAAGUAGUACCUUAACUUGCAUAGUCACGUCACGUGAGCGAACACAUGUUUCUCAACUAAUCUUUUUGUUCCAUAGAAAAAUGACUCAAAAGAGAAGGAACUGUGGUCGAUCAAAGCACGGGAGAGGACACGUACAACACGUGAGGUGUACCAACUGUGCCAGAUGCGUACCAAAGGACAAAGCCAUCAAGAAGUUUGUGAUCAGGAACAUAGUUGAGGCGGCUGCUGUGAGGGAUUUAGCUGAAGCUUCAGUAUAUGACAGCUAUCCUCUUCCCAAGUUGUACCACAAGUUGAUGUAUUGCAUCAGUUGUGCUAUCCACAGUAAGAUAGUCCGUAACAGGUCAAGGGAAGCUAGACGUGAUAGAACACCACCUCCAAGAUUUAGACCACGUGUUGAUGAUCAGCCACCUCGUCAGAUGGGAGGAGCAGGAGGAGGAGGAACUGGUGGUGGCAGUGGCCCCCAGCAACCCUCAGCUCCUAUCAAGACAUAGCAGGGAAUUAAUAAAAGAAUUGAAUUGUAGAUGGAGAGACAGUUUGAUAUUAUAAUGUCUUUUUCAAGUUUAAUAAAUUAAAGAAAUUGUGUUUCCUCACGUUUUCAAAGAAUAAAA